ACCCGGAGGGUUGCCGCAUUGGAAGCAUUUUUCUGUUAUUUCUAUCUCUUCGUCGAAGGGCCUACGAUUCUCCGGCUAGCGCCGGUGUUCUGUUCGCCUCUCGAUCCGACGUUCUCUCCGACUUCCAAUUACGCAACGUUGUUUUGAAGCAGUGGAGUACCGGACGCUUAUUCGUACUCAUAUUCUCUCGCCUUGCUUCUGUCUCGGAUUUUCGGAUACGUUGUCUCUCAACGUGGAAGGAGGAAUCUGCAAACAUGUUUGGCUCCACCAAUCCCUUUGGGCAGUCUUCUAGCAGCCCAUUUGGUUCUCCUUCAGUCUUUGGGCAAACAAACAGUGCCGCGAAUAACCCUUUUGCUCCAAAGCCAUUUGGGAGUCCAAAUCCUUUUAGUUCUCAGACAGGGCUUUCAGCAUUUGGUGUAUCAACUGGAGUUUUUGGGCAGCCUUCUUCACCUGCAUUUGGUGCAUCUUCUUCACCGGCAUUUGGGAGUUCAAUGCCUUCUUUUGGGGCUUCAUCUAUCCCAGCAUUUGGGAGCUCAUAUUCUUCUUUUGGUGGAUCUUCUGUUUUUGGGCAAAAACCAGCUUUUGGAGGAUUUGGGUCUACUUCCAGCCAGGCUAGUCCAUUUGGCGGCUCAUUUCAACAAACACAGCCAGCAUUUGGAAGCAACAUGUUUGGUUCUUCUUCACCAUUCGGUGCUUCAAGUCAACCUGCAUUUGGUGCAACCAGUACCCCAGCAUUUGGUUCAACAAGCUCACCAGCAUUUGGUGCAGCUUCUACUCCCGCGUUUGGUGCAUCAAGUACCCCAGCUUUUGGUGCUACCAACACUCCAGCUUUUGGUUCUAACACGGCGCCGGCAUUUGGUUCUACAUCAACUCCAUUAUUUGGUAAUACAGGAAUGGCAUUCGGGGCAUCCAACACCCCAGCAUUCGGCGCUCCAAGCACUUCAUUGUUUGGCUCUGCAAGUACUCCGGCAUUUGGUGGAUCAACUACUCCAGCUUUUGGUUCUUCCAGUUCUCCAGCUUUUGGUUCAACAAGUGCAUCUUCCUUCAGUUUUGGUUCUGCGCCGUCAUCUUUUGGCCAGUCAACACCCGCAUUUGGCAUCUCACCGUUUGGUUCAACCCCCUCGCCUUUUGGAACUCAAAGCUCUCCAUUUGGUGCUCAGACAUCAACACCUACAUUUGGAAGUCCUGGUUUUGGACAAUCAACUUUUGGGAGUCAAGCUGGAGGCAGUAGAAUAGCACCUUACACUGCAACGUAUGAGCCUAAUGCUACCGGUACACAACCUGCUGGAAAGCUAGAAUCAAUAUCUGCAAUGCCUAUUUACAAAGAUAAAAGCCACGAGGAAUUGAGAUGGGAGGAUUAUCAACGUGGUGAUAAAGGUGGUCCAAAUCCUGCUGGACAAUCAAGUGGAAUAAGUUUUCCAACAUCAACACAAUCGAACCCAUUCAGUCAAACGAGUGCUUUUGGUCAGACAAGUCCAUUUGGUCAAAGUAGUGUUUUUGGUCAAACUAGUGCAUUUGGUCAGGCUGCUGCUAAUCCUUUCUCAUCCACCAUCUCUUCAAAUCCUUUUGCUCCUAAAACUCCAGCUUUUGGUUCUACUGGUUUUGGAUCAUCAUCAGCUUCACUUUUCAGCUCACCAUUCUCAUCAUCCUCAACAAGCCCCUUUGGCUCAACAUCUUCCACCCCUUCAUUAUUUGGGGCGCCUUCGUCUGGUUUUGGCUCUAGCAGUUCAUCCUCUAUUUUUGGCAGUGGAAGUGCUCCCGCUUUCGGUUCGUCUCCUUCUAUUUUUGGUUCCUCAAUGGUGGGAUCCACUUCUUCCUUUGGAUCUGGUCUAACUUUUGGCAACACUCAGUCUUCUGCGUUGUUUUCUUCAACUGCUUCUCUUGGUCAAACGCCUUCUCCCUUUGGGCAGUCUACUGGUUUUCAACAGAGCGCACCAGCUUUUGGUUCAAGUCUAUUCAACACGCCAUCAACUGGCUUUGGUGGAAGCCUCUUUAGCAGUUCAACACCUUCAUUGAGCAAUCCUGCAGGAUUUGGUCAACUGACUCCCUCCUUUUCCACUCCUUUUCAACAGUCUGCUCCUGCACAAGCAUCAAGUAACUUUUCUUUUGGUAACCUUGGUCAGGCACAAAUAGCUCCUUCUGGAGGGUUUGGUAGCUUCCCCAGCUCCUUUAAUCAGGGAACUUUUGGACAGAGCCCUGCUAUUCAGGCUAACAUUGUCAUGCAACCCACGUCCAUAACAAAUCCUUUUGGAACGCUUCCUGUGAUGCCUCAGAUGUCUAUUGGUCGUGUGGGCUCUUCUGCUCCAUCAGUUCAAUAUGGAAUUUCCAGCAUGCCUGUUUCUGACAAACCAGCUCCAGUAAGGUAUUCUUCUUUAGUGGCUCCUAGACAUGUAUCACAGAGAAGAAUCCGGUUGCCAGCCAGGAGAUAUCAACCUAAAAGCGAUAGUCAAAGGGUACCAUUCUUCGGUGAUGAUGAAGUGGCUCCAACGACUCCAAAGGCAGAUGCACUAAUUAUCCCAAGGGAGAAUCCAAGGGCACUAAUCAUUCGUCCAAUUGAACAAUGGCCCUCUUCAAAUGGUGUUAAUACACAAUCAGCGUCAAAAAAUAUCGUUGGUUCAUCUAGCGACAAUGGUAAAAUUCAUGCAGUGCCAUCUGCUCCCAUUGUUGAUGAAUCUUAUACAGCUGAUCUUCUUGAAAGCCCAGCUGAGAAUGGCCAUGCAGAACAAACUCCAUCCAAACCCCCUCAACAACCAAAUGGCCUUAAAGACAACCAUGCCAACAGAACCAAAGACUCCCACUUCUCAAUUUCGAGCCGUCGAGCCAGCGAGGCUGCGAUCUCUUAUGAACACGGCGCAGACAUUGAAGCCCUAAUGCCAAAACUCUCCCUUGACAACUACUUCUGCGAACCAAGCAUCCCCGAACUCGCCGCCAAAGAACGUGCCGAGCCCGGUUUUUGUCGCCGCGUGAAGGAUUUCGUCAUCGGCCGCAAAGCCUACGGCAGCAUAAAAUUCCUCGGUGAAACUGAUGUGAGGAGACUUGAUCUCGAGUCCAUUGUUCAGUUCAACCAUCGUGAGGUCGUCGUGUACAGCGACGAGAGCAAAAAGCCGUCCGUCGGUCAAGGGCUAAACAAACCGGCUGAAGUGACUCUUCUUGACAUCAAAUGCUUCAACAAGAAAACUGGGCAGAGAUAUACUGGAGGCCCGAAGGUUGAGAGAUAUAUAGAGAUGUUGAAGAAGAAGACUGAGGAACAGGGAGCUGAGUUUAUAUCAUUUGAUGCAGGUAAAGAAGAAUGGAGAUUCAGAGUGAAGCAUUUCAGCAGAUAUGAGUUUUUUGGUGAGGAAAAUGAUGAUGAUUGUUUUGUCUGUUGAUUGUUAUCAGUAAAAAAAGAGAGGGAGGAGAUUUUUAGGUGUUUUUAUGAGUGUUUGUAGGUUUUUCUGAUAAGGGAGUUGGUGUUAGUAAAUUAAUGUUUUGGAAUUUAUAGCUUGGUCCAGUUGUUUGGUUAGUUUAUAUGUGGAUAUAGUCUGAUGGGUAUGGAUUGUUCAUCAGGUGUAAUGAAUUUAUAUUUUUAUCUUUUUAUUUUUUAUUUUGGCAUA